GCCGUCGAGGGAACUCCUCGCGGCGGCGGCCGGUGUCGUCGUCGUCGCCGCCGCAACCACCGCAGCAGCCGCGACUAUCGCUGUCUCGGUCGGCCGUGGUACGCUGGUCCAGGGGAACUUCUAAGGGCCCCGCCAACCCGGACCGCUCAGGCAGGUACCUGGGCAACUGGUCCGGGAUACGCACGAGCGGGGCUGACAUCAUCGAACAGCGGGAAUACCCCGGUGAACGGACGCUCGCCGACAAAGGGACGACGACGCGGGUUACCGUGGCGCGAAUUCGUUCACUAUCGCAGAGACGAGAAACGCAAACGGCAAAAGAAACGGCGAGAGAAAAAACGAAGCGUUUUUCCGAUCGAGAGCGGAGAGACGCCGAGACUCGAUUACCCGUCCAGGAAGGCGUCGACGCGUGUCGCUGCGCGGUGGAGAAGAAAAACGACAAGUAUUUGGCGCGAAUUAUCGAGUGGCGUAAGGAUAUCUCUUCCGAGAUAUCUCCGAGGAAACACUCGGAAGCAAAGUCGUCUCGGAAUCGGUCACGUUGCACGAGAGAAUCGUGUUUCCGCGGGUAUAGCGGAAGUAACGGUAGCAUCAGCGUCGCAGGCCGCGUCGCGAGCGGCGUCCCGGAAGCACGAGGAGUCAAGAAUCGGGGAACAGAGAGCGUGCCGAGAGGCGGGCCUCAGCCUUGGUGGCAGCGAUGCGGGGCCUCCUGCAGCAGCCCGGCCGCAAUACGGAUCAUCCACGCCGCGAGUCCACCGCGAGCCCGCGUCACCAUCAUCAUCAUCAUCGUCGUCGUCGGCCGGCGUGCGCGACACCGGCAAACAGGAGGCGGCAGCGACAAGAUCGGUCGUUGGUGGAAGAAGGCGAAGCACGUUGCACGCCGAGGAGCGUCGACGGGGAGGAGCGCGACGACAGGACGUCGGGGACGUUAGCGUCCCCGAUCAUCUCCUCGCGCCCAUGCGGCUCGAUCCGUUUGGACUCACGGGACCACCCACGUCGAAAAAACGGAGAAGAGAGAAGAAGAGAGAGGAAAAGAAGGAGCAGCAGCAAUUAUGGUCAUCGUCGUCGUCGUCGUCGGCCUCGCUCGUCGAGUGCGUACGGUUCGUUCGCGCCGCGUCGACCAGAUCGUUUUCCGGAUCGAUUCGCGAUCGCGUUGAGGCCCGACACCACGACGGGCCCGAUGAUAAUGAAGAAGCCGGAACUGCCACUGCCUUUCGCGUCCCUCGUGAUUCCGCUUCGCGCGGCGUGGUGCGCGCACGCACGCGCGAUUGCCACGAGGAUCACGAGGACGAGAAUGAUUACGACGGCGACGCCGACGUCGGCGUCGUCUUUGCCGGCGCGCCGCCCGCGCGAACGCGCAUUCUCUGCGUCGACCGUCCGUCGCCUCAACGACGGGCCCCGCGUUUCGCUCGAAGAGCAAGAGGAAGGGCACGGAGAAGACGGGAGAGAGGACCGAUCCCCGAGGAAAGGCCCGACGUGGCUGCCUCGGUUGUUUCUUUCGUCGACGUGCUUGCUUACACUGCCUAUAGCGAUGACAGAGACGACGAUGACGACGACGACGGUGACGACGAAGGACGAACGCGUUACAAGCGAAAGAGGAUUCACGGUGGACCCGAAGAGGACCAUGACAAGCAUACCGAAAAUGGAAACGACGACGACAACGACGCGCGUGUUAGUGUUCCGGGUAACGAACAAGAACGCAGAGACGCGAAAGAAAACGCGCCUCGCGAGGACUACAUCCGCGCCGAGGUGGAUACAAUUAAUCGUGGUGUGCCUAAGGAUGAUCAUCAGUGGGCAUCGCCAUCCUCAUUGUUGGACGGGAGAGAGGAUCGUCGUUGCGAAUGCAUCGAUAAUUACGAUUGCGAGCACCCGACAGUGGACGAGGAGUUUGACGGGCAAGGACGAAGAAAGGGAGAAGGAUGGAGACGUAGCGAUAACACUGCCUGGUUCCAAAAGCCAAUUACUAGGAGGAGAGGAGGAGGAACAGGGGAGAAGCCGCGUACACGCAGGAGUUAUUACAGGCUGCUGCUAUUUAUGCUAUAUCUUCUGGCGUGGCCCCUGCUGUGCUCGACCAGUCCCUCGGGUCACUUUACCUCGACCUUCACGCAGAAUCCGACCCUCGCGCACAUCAAGAAUCCCGCGCAGCGAGGGAACGCCUCGCCGCCGGAUGUAUCGUAUUUGUCGUCGACGGUCAUCAUGCAACACCAGCACCAGCAACCGCAACAAUACGUUCAGGGUAGCGAUUACAAUACCGAUAACGAGCGUCAUCGUCAUCACCAGCAACAGCAGCAAGAGCAACAGCAAGAGAGGAAAGAAAAGCGAGAGAAUUCGGGUCGAGAAAAGGAGCUUCAGUCACGGUUUCCCGACAGAACAAUAUACAACUGGGACGUGAACCAAUUGAAUCCUUGGCUGUCGGCCUGCGAUCUGGCGGGACCAGCGCCGGCCGAUCUUCAAGGUAGCUGCGGUCCACCGGAAGUGCCCAAGUCCUGUCCGAUGCCGUGCGAGAAUGAGAACGAGAUGAUCGGGGGGAGAGCGGGAAUCAACAGCGCGAGGACGACGACGACGAGAACGGGGGUCGAGGACAGAUACGGCGAGGAGAAAAAGAAGGAGGAGGGCGUACGGACUGCCCGGGAACAGUGCCUUUUAUAUCUCGAGGAGUCGCACAAGGGGAAGAUCUGUAGGGACGAUUCUGGUCGGAGUACGCCAAAUUUUUCCCUGAGAAAGGAUCGAUAUCGGUUCGUGAGCAGGCUGCGUCUGCGGCACUGCUGCGAGCAAGCGGUGGUCAACGCCCUGGCGCCGGGCAAGGACGGCCCGCUCGAGGACGUGCUAAACGGCGGCCAGAAAUGCGCCGAUACCCUGGACAAGCUGUUGAUCAUCGAUGCCCUGGCCGCGAGGCUGCAUUGCGAGUUCGAGGAAGUACUGGCGCGCUACGAUUGCGCCCAGCCGUACUCCGUCAUCCACAACUGCACCCAUUGCAAGGAGGCGUAUAGGAAAUGGGUGUGCAGCUCCCUGGUGCCUUACUUUGCUCACGGGGGACCGAUGGACGCGGAAACCCCGGGGGGCAGCCGGACCGGCACCAGACUAAGGCCCUGCCGAUCCUUCUGCCAGUCCGUGGAGCAACGUUGCCCCUACUUACUUCCGGGCGAUCGUGCCCCCGCGUACCCCACGCAAUACGCCGGCGAACCCACCUUUCUUUGCGGAGACCCGAACAUCCCCGAGACCGGCGAGCAGGCCGCGAGGGCGUUGCACAACAGCAAUGACAACGAGUGCUGUUUCCACGUGUGCGCCGAGGACGCACCAAUAUCGGGUAUCUGCGCCAAUUGUGAAGAACCGUGGAAGAAUGGCAGAUACGACCCCUCGACGGCUCCCCAGUGCGACACUGCCGCCCCUCAGUCUGGUCCUACCGAUCAGCAGUAUCCGGGCUCGCAGGCGGGCCAACCGGAAGCGGUCACGGACCGCGAGCCCGCCGACGACGGCCAGGAAACAAGCACCGCAUCUUCCUCGUCCAGCACCCCGGCAUCUUCGUCGACCACCACCACCGACAAACAGGGCACGUUGUUUUGCGGCAGCGGCCGCAUCGGCUCGAUACCAAGCGCGUCCUCGCCCGGUCGAUCAAGCCCGUCGAUCGUCCUCCAGCUCUUCUGGCUCUGCUCGGUCCUAAUUUCCCUCCCUGCGAACGCGCUGCAAUACAAUCUCGCGUCCUCCUGGAGCCCCUUCGGCUUUUUUCGGUUGAUCGGUUCCGGCCUGCCGGGCGCGUUCGUCUUGAGAAGGACCUUCAACGAUCUUCGCGCUUCCGCUUUCGAUCCACGCUCGGCCGGGAUCUACCGACACGCCGUCGUGCGGUGUCUCCUGUUCAUCCUCUGGAUGCCCAGACGGGCGGUGACGAAAUGCCGUCGUCGCGGAUGGUGGUGGUGGAGGUCCUGGAGGAGGUCCAGCAGCCGGCACUUUCGCUGGAAACUUCCACGUCGCGCCAGCGGCGUCGCAUCCUGGCGAUCGAUCCUGCGCGACGCGUCGACCUCGUCGAUCCUCGUGCUGUUCCUCAAGUUCGCGGAGAAGUGUCGGUGUCGCGAUUGGUGGUGGUUGUGGCGCCGGUGGCGGAAGUGCGGGUCGACGGAUGGACAGGACGCGGGACUCGUCCGGAGAAAACGUUCUACGACCGUUCACGGGACGCGUCGUCGAGGACACCGGCGAGGCAGGGGUCUCAGCGGAAUUUUCGAGACGGACGUCGCGAGUUUGGCCAAAGCGACGUCCAGGAAGGACCCGCCAUAGAGAGGCGAAGUUCGCUUUCCUGGAUACGCAGGAUCGUACGGGUUUUUUUCUAUUUUCGGUAUCUCCGUGAGAGGUCCUCCCUCGCGGAGUACCAGUACUCGAGAAGUACACAGGAUCGAUCGAAGCGAGAUUCGAUCGAGGACAGACCGAUGAUAAACGGAACGUCGCGUCGAGCACAACGCAAGAAGACACGAAGGAUUAGAGGAUGUUCUCUAAGGAUGUUGCACGGGUAGAAAGAACACCAACACCACGAGGAGCAGAGCGAGAGAGGGUAGCAAAGGCGAAAAAAGGAGGAUCAAGCGGAGGAGCGCGGGACGGUCACGUGGACAAUUCAAUUCCGCAGAUUGGAGCAAAAGGGAGAGAAAAGGGAGAACAACAAAGAACAACAACAACAUCAACCACAAAAACAACAAGAACAACCGAGAACGAAGGAAACGUAACGUCUAGCGCUAAUAAUAAUGAUAAUAAUACAAUAAUAAUGAAUAAAACAAAAUAAAAUAAUAAAUAAUGAAUAAUAAUAGUUAAUAAUAAUGAUAAUGAUGAAAUAAUAUAAUGAAGAUUAAAUAAUGAAGUAUAAACGAUAUAAAUAUAUAAAUAUAUUAUAUAUAAAGAGAAAAACGAUUGAAAAGAGUAACGUUAAAGUAAACGAUAGAAUAAUAACGAUACGAUUAUUAUUACACAUUAAAUUACGUUACACACAGAGAGAAAGAAUGAGAAUGAGCGUGAGAAUGAGAGAAAGAGAGAUA